UUAACAGAAACGCAGUCACACACCACAACUCGACCGCGAUAGAAGGUGGUCAGCGCCGUCCCUUCGCUGGCACGCACCGUGUGUACGCUCAAUGUUUAUGUUUGCGCAGUUGCAGUUAGCAAGUGGUAUUCACGCGGGCAAGAGGUCUUGAAAAGUCGCUGGUGCGAAGCCCCCUGUCUAAAAUUCUGUUGCUGGAUUGUAACCAUACGCUUCCAAAUCAAGGUUUGAUUCGUACUGAUUUACAUUUUAGUGAAAGUUUUGGAAUAACUGUUGGAUACCAAUUAAUGUAUAUAAUUUUUUUUUUGUUUAUUUUUGGUUGUGAAUUUAAAAGAUUUUUUGUGAUCCGUGAAUGGAUGUGAGAAUUGAUCUGUGAUACAAGUUAUUAUAAAUUUAUUAUUCAUCUAUUCGAUGACUACGUAGGGAAAGAUUUCUUUGAAGAUUUAAAUCCUCAGCAGUAAAAGAAGAAAAAUAAAAGUGUCCGAUGAAGUAAUUGAACAUAGCGAAGGAAUUGCUAAAAAUAGGAAAUUAGUUGAAAUUUUUCAACUAAAAUAAUGUAGUAUUUCUGAUUGUUAAAUGAUGCUCUCUUCUGACGGAAGUAGACUUGCACGAACUUUUAGAAAUUAAGCAGAGCGAUAAGCAAAUUUGCAUGCUAAUUAUUGAGAGGUGACAUUUCAUUUUAAGAUUUGAUUAGAUAUUCAAUUACAAUACUAAAGAUAAUAAUAAUAAUAAAAACUGCCAUUUUCCAGUAAAUUGCAGGACGUCAUAUCUUGAAAGAUAUUUUUUCCAGAUUGGACAGGCAGAAGGCAUGUUUUGUUGACAUUGUUUAACCCACUAAGAAUUGUCAAACCUGUUCCAUUUCUGCACCGGAUCCUCAUCAUUUGGACUCGGCUCAUAUGGGCAUCUCUGUUUAGUUCCGCGCGUCGUUGAUAUACGCUCCCGAGUGCUCAAGGUUUACCGGUUCUCCCAUGUCUUAAAAUAAGGAUUUGUUUUGAAGAUGAUGCAACCAGAAGGCUAUGGAUCCAUUCCUAUGGAUCUGCACAUAUCUCCGCAGGGCUAUCACCCUUACUACAGAAAAAGUCAAGAAGAUGCAGCGGGGCCUCCAAUCGUUCAAACACGCAUCCUCGAAAUGCGGAAGGAGAAGUCAAGAGACGCCGCAAGGAGCCGCCGUGGGAAAGAGAACUUUGAAUUCUACGAGCUGGCCAAGAUGCUGCCCCUUCCAGGGGCCAUCACUACACAACUGGACAAGGCCUCCAUCAUUCGACUCACCAUCAGCUUCCUCAAGCUCAAAGCAUUCAUUAUGGAAGGGGAUCCACCUUGGAGAAAGGAAGGACCUUCCAUCAAGACGGGCAGCCUUCGAUCCCGUUCCAUGUCAUCGGUUGCAGUCGACCUCUUCGAGAUGCACCAAGCGACGCAUAUUUUGCAGUCAUUAGAUGGUUUUGCUUUCGCUCUCGGAGCUGAUGGACGUUUUUUGUACAUUUCAGAAACUGUAUCUAUUUAUUUAGGAUUGUCACAGGUGGAGAUGACGGGUAGUAGCGUGUUCGAUUACGUGCACCAACAAGACCAGUCCGAGCUGGCCGAUUUGAUCGGCCUCAACAUGUGUCCGUCCCCUUCGGCCACUUCUCCGCCGGCCUCUGUCGCCUCAGACGACGGAUCUUCUUCGAAUCCUGGUCCUUCAACGCCCACGGGAUUCGACAAACCCUCACCCACAAUGACUUUACCCAAUGAUAAUCCUGGCCAAAGUCUCCAGAGGUCCUUUUGUGUUCGAAUGAAAUCGACGCUCACGAAGCGAGGUUGUCAUUUUAAGUCAUCUGGCUACAGGGUGGUUCUCGUGCUGUCCCACCUGAGGCCCCAUUACAACUUUUCCGCCUCAUCUCGCAAGCAGGCACCCCAGGUCAUGGGGCUUGUGGGUAUCGCCAUUGCCCUACCGCCACCCUCCGUCAACGAACUCAGGCUCGAGUCCGACAUGUUCGUUACCAGACUCACAUUCGAUUUCAGGAUAUCACACUGUGAGCCCAGGGUUUCCGAGUUGUUGGACUAUACCGCAGAGGAGCUGACUGGGGUAAGCAUGUACACUCUGUGUUAUGCAUCCGAUGUCAACAGAGUCCGAAAGUGCCAUAUAGAUCUACUGCAGAAAGGUCAAGUCAUGAGCGGUUACUACAGGCUCAUGAACAAAAACGGUGGCUAUACGUGGCUGCAGAGCUGUGCCACAGUCAUCUGCAACUCAAAGAACACGGAGGAGGAGACCAUCAUCUGCGUCAACUAUGUGAUCAGUAACGUGGAGUACCCUCACUGCGUGAUGGACUACUGCCAGAUGCCCGCGUCACGUGACCUGAGGAACGACGAUCCAAGCAGCUCGGAGAGAGGCACAAGCCCGGACAAAGAGGGAGGCAGAGACAACUCGUCAGCCGGAGAUGUUGAGACAGAGCAGAGAUCCUCGUCUCGGCCAGACAAUCCGGCCACCAGCGACGGCAACGAAGAGGGGCAGACCUACGAUGACGGUAGCGAACUGGAUGUUGACGGCAGCAAAAGAGACUACCUGCAUCGGGAUAAACCGAACAGUUCCCCUAAACUGAGGGAUUUCACUCCCGUCAACUACUUCGACCCGUCCACACCCAAUCCGAAGCGAGAACCGACGACAUCCGACUCUCUGGACGAGAGGACAGAGGGCCGGCAUCGCAAGCGGAAAAUCGCAGAGCCAAGCCUCCACGAAACUGCCGAUUCUAUCAAGAGCCCCCGUCCUGGAAGCUCAUCCUCCACAGUUCUGUCGCUGGACAAUGGUGCUGGAUACAACGACGUGCAGAGCAAUAAUGACUUGGUGGUGGAUGAUCUGUCCUGCAACCAGACGGCUAAUUCAACAGGAAGAAGUGGAGCAUCGCCUGACAAAUGUGAUAAAGUGAGUCGACCCUGGACUCGAUCCCCGAAUGCUUAUGAUCCAAAGGGCGGGCCCAUGUCUGUUAGAGAUCUGGAAGACGUCAUGAACAGACAUUUGCCACAGCACAAUGGAUCGCCAGACACUCUCAUGUCCAAGUCAUUUCCGGAGCGCCCUAUCCAGUGGACUCCUGCCCCGGCAUCUUUACCAGCUACAACGCUCCUCCGACAGAUCUAUGUCAGCCGGGAAUCAGUGAUUCGAUCAGCAGGAGCCAGACAUGGUUGCUAUGGUGAUGGGGUUCAGGGUGGUACGUUACCGACACCUCCGGGAGUACAAGAAUCUCCCUAUAGUGAUCUCAUGCUCCAAUCUUCGUCCGCCAAACUGUCGCCCGGAUACAGCCAGUCUGGGGGAUCUUAUCUGGACAACUGCAAUGCCAUGACUCCACCAAGCUCUGUGUCACCAAGGGACAAUUUCAAUGAGGCAGCAGCAGUAGCAGCUGCAGCAGCCAUGCCACAUAUGCGACACUAUGUAACGGAUCCCCAGCAUUUGCCCUUGAAACCACAUCAGUUGUUCGUACAUCCGGAUCAUCCCUAUCCCCAACAAACACUAUCGCCAGACCAGCAUCAGUCGUUGUACCACCACCCAAGUAGCUUUCACUUGUACCAUCCUCCACCGGGAGGAUCAAAGACUUCAUUGCACGCUGCAAACGGUACGUCAUGGUUCUGCCAGCCACAUUCAUAGGGAAAAAAUAAACUUAGAAUUCUAUUUUGUGUCUAUACAGUCUGGUGAUCACUGUAAGAAUGACGUCUUUGUAAAUUAAAAGGGAAGUAUCUGUGUAUGCGUGUCAGAAGACGCGAUGUCUGUCGCAAAGAAAUUGGCUUUCCGAGUUCAGCGUCCACUGUGUAUUCGCUUGUCUUGAAAUCCAGGUCUUAUGGGCUUUAAAGGCUAGUCUAUUUCGGAAUGAUAUUUUAUUAGUUUCCGAUUCAGUAGAGUCGAGUCUGCUUAACUGUAACUUCGUUAUAUGCUAUUUUAGACUAUGAAGGUAUUGUGCUCAAUUUUCAAAUACCUUGUUUUCAGCCAGUCAUGAAAAGAAAGUUUGAAAUGUUGAAAAGGGUUGAAUAAUUGCUACUGCUAAUACUUACAGUUUCGCAUCAACUUUACACAAUGAAUGGAAAAUUGCUCGUGUCUGACCAUGGUUUGAACAAUGCAGGUGCAAGCAGCACAUCAAGGUGAUAGUUCAGAUUAGUCCAAAGAGCAGAAUUGACUCAUCAGUUGAAAUGAAUAUUUCCACUAUUCGUGGGUGUACAUAGUUAUUGAAAAUGCUUGAAAAUAUAUAUGGCGAUAUUAUUAAAUAUAUUUCAUAUUCAUUAUUGUGACCCUUGAUGUUAUUCAAAACUGUUGAUGAAACAAAGUUUACAGUUGUGUGGUCUUUCUAUGUGAAAGGCUCAGAAAGUCAAUUUCUUUCAUAAAAUCAUGAGUCUCGAAUGUUCACGUGUUUUUUGAAAGUAGGAAACUCUGAAAAGUGGUCGCGCCAGACUUGACAAUGUGUCAUAUUUUAAAUGAAGUAUUUUUUCUUUUUUCAUUAAAGCUCCAGUAAUAAGUUGAAAGCCCAAUCAAAAUCCAAAACCUGAAAAAGCAAUUACAAAUGUAUUUUUAUUUUUUUCUUUUCCAGUGAAAGUGUUCUUUGUUGAUAUUUACUUUCAAAAGUACAAAUGCUGUAUUGUGAUCAUUUCUGCUGUAGUUGGAAUCAGUUAAAAAUUUGCAUGUUGUAAUAUCCGAAUUGUAUGCCGCACAAAAUUUCCUGCUUUAUUCCUUAACUGUGAUACCCGAGCUCUUUCAUAGAAUUAUGGUCCUUAACUUAUUAGCAAAAAUUAAAUGAUUCACUGACGGUAUAGAGAAAUAACAAUUUCUCUGGUACAGAAAUAACAGUUUCUUUACUAAGUCUCAAGUUUCUUAGUAAAGUUUCUUAUUUCUAUUAAUAGAAUAAAAUAUUCUGGAAAUACAAAAUGAUCUAAUUAAACACCUAACUGAAACUCCACAGUUAAGGAGUUAUUAUCUGUUACUCUUUUAUACACCAAAACGAUAAAUAUUAUUCUUAGACAAAUAAAAGGAUUUCAAUGAGUUUUUUUUAUUAGUUGGUAAUGACAGCCUUUUUUUUAUCGUUGUUACAAUUAAAACAACUGAUUUUCCAUUAUUUAAAUUUAAGUAAUCAUUUCCUUCUUUUUUGAAAAAAAUAUUUAGAUAGCGUAUGUAACAAGUUAAGCUCUUCAAGUACGAAUUUUCAAAGUUAAAAAUAUUCAUCCAUUUUUAAUUAUACUCUGUUCAUUUCACAUCUUAAGCAAUUCAAAUGGCUAGUAAAAAAGACUGGAAUCGCAUUUUAAAAUUAUUAAAUUCAACAUGAAUAAACAUACUCAUAUGUAUCAAUAGUUUUAAUGAAGCUCAGAAUUUUACUGGGAUUGGGUUUCGCGAUAAGAAAUAAAUAAACUGAAAAUUAAUUCAAAAAUAUUAUUUUAUUACUCUAGAAUCUCGUAAAUAAAAAGACAGAAAAAAGAAGACAUUUUCAAAUAGCUAAAAUUGAUUCUAAUUUCCAUGAAAUAAAUCUUUACGUUCUAGUUUCAAUUUCUUUUACCAUCUUUAAACUGACUUUUAAAGCAAAAUGAUUUCUUAUAGGAAUAUUUUGUGAUAGCAACUUUUAUUUUAUGUAAAAAUGACUUUAAUAAUAAUGCAGUUGGUCAAUUCACUUGAAAAUUUCACAGCCAUCAAGGUUUGUUUAUACAAUGGAAGAGGAAUACAACUGUUCAAACUUAUUUGGCGACUCGAUUCUAUCGAACAAUCUUGAGUUGAAUUUUCUGAAAAAAUAAAGAGAAAAGAAAUCCAUUUUGACUGAUUCCAAACUACAUUUCUCUUGCUUAUGCUUUACACUUUGGUCUUUUAAAGUUGAUCGCUCAUACCCGAGAUGUAUUCCCACUUCGAUCCGCCAUCGCUUCAAGCCGCUCAUUCAUACUCCAGUGUUCAUACAUGCAUUUCAAACAACACUUUAUUAUACUAUAAAUGCUUGCAAUUGCGUGUUGUAUAUAACUAAAGGUAAAAAAUGAAUAGCUAGCACAAUUAUGACACAUGUGCCUUUGAGUGUUAUUAAAAUAAUAAAUUCGUUACUGUUAGAUAGGCUAAAUCGCCAACUUGAAAGUGUUUUCAUACAUUCUUGUAACCAAUAUUUUGUUGAAGACAGCGCGCACAGUUAUGCUCCCUCUCAUCUAGAUAUAUUUCGUUAGCGGGCCACCACUCAUCAUUCAUUUCGAGUGUUGGAGGUGCUUUAUAAUGAGUAGCAAAGAAUGUCGAAGUAGGAACGUUAACCACAACAUUUGGCGAGUUAUCUCUGAAAUUUGGCAAUGUCCCGCUAACGGAAUAGUAUGUCCUUUAAUUGUAUAUUUUUCAUUAUUUUGUUAGCUGUAUAUUUAAUUCUUGAAAAUGUAAUAUAUUUUAUUCCGCAUUCAGUUAUAUUAAAAACAAAUGUUAAAAAGAUUAUUUUGCAAAUAGGGUUGAGAUUCAUUACUAUGGGGAAACCAAAGUAAAAUCAUCGCAAUCAUUUGAAAAUGGAAUUCUUAAAACAAUGUAUAGCUCUGUGGUAUCGCAGUUUUGAUACGAAUUAUUUUCGCCCUUGUUUAUCCUAAAAAUAUCCGAAUUUAUCAUUUUCAUUUUCAAUUCAUUACACAGAAUUUAUAUAUUGUUUCGACCAUUCAAUUUUAAUUCAAAUAAAAUUGUUUCGACAGGAAAAUGGCAUAUCUCACUUCCUGAUUAGUAUAUUUUAUGCACCAUACGAAUGAACUUAUUGUUGUAAUCUUACUCGACUCUACCUUGUACUUGAAUCUCUGCGGAUAUUUUUCUCCCACAAUCUCUAUGUUAUGCAUUCAUCUUAUUUUUAAUUCCACAUUAAUGGUGAAUUCAUCUUAUUUUUAAUUCCAUAUUAUGAACUCAUAACGCUAAAUAUAAGGAAAUGUUGAAAGCUGGACCUCUUUCCCUCACAUCGAUUAUGUUGAUAUAUUUAAUUAUGCUUUUGACUUAAAUGAGAACUACUUAAAGACUUUUUAGUCGUAUUUAUAAUAUUUUAACCAAAACGUUGUAUAUUUCUCUCUCUUUCCAUCUCAUCCCUAUAUAUACUUUUUAAACUAAACUGCACAAAGUAUUUAUUAUUUUUUUUAACAAACCAAGAAAAAAAAUUCUUACAAUUAUACUGUUUCUGUUUAUGAAGUUAAAUCUUUUUCGUAAUAAGAGAAAGAAAAAAACCUACGUCUUUUUUUUUCUUUCUGAUUUUAGAGCCAAAUUCUAAGAAUAAUAUAAGUUAUCUAAAUAUUAAAAAAAUCGAGAAAAUUAUUUUGUCUUUGAAAUUAUUUGCAACAAAUAUUCAAGAUAUUAUAGUGGAUGAGAUCCAUUUAAAAAUUACUAUUUAGCAUCAAAUUCUGGGUGUUUCGAAUUUUCUGCUGCAGUAUAGGACAAACCGCAUUUUAUUUUUACUACAGCUUAGAAAUUUAACUUGGUAAGAGGGAAUAAAAAUAUUAGAUGCAACUUUAAUCAUGUAUUUUUAUUAGAAUGUUGCGAUUUUUUUUUUUUUUUUACUUCAGUUUCUUCCACGAAUGAAGGGGGGAAAAGUGCUAAUAGAAUAUAUGUUCAAGAUACACUCCAUAAGAAAAUUGUAAAAGGAUAUUUAGUUCGAGAAAAUUCAAAAGAUUCCAAAAUUGCUGAAUACCAUACAAAGAAGAAGAAUAAAUCCAUACUUAUUUUUUUUUGUGCAAAAAUUCCUUCAUAUAUAAAAAAUCCAAAGCAGACACGUAUCUUGCCAACGUCUUGAGAAAUUACCAUCAUUUCGGUUAAUCUAAAUUUUAAUUCCCUGAUCGUAUUUGGGGUAAAUUCUGAUAUAUAAAUCAUUCAACUAUAAAAAGAUUUCUGUACAUUUUCCCGUUGUUUGCAGUAUUAGCAAGAUAGAUUAACACGUUAAGCGCCACGCUGAUACUGUCUUCCUUCCCGCUUGGCCCCGCUUUUCACCGAUGUUCAGAUUCCUCUUGCACACAAGAUGUUUACCGUGUUGUAAUUAAUUCAUUAAAAUAUUUUGAUCUUGAAAAUUUAGGUACAUUUAUUAAUUUAUUAAUAUAAAGUUUUUUUUUAUAUCGUAUUGUCUACUAUCAGUGACUGGUGACUGCCGCGAUCUGUACGGAAAAUGUAACGUCAGUCACCAGUGAUCGACGCGGCCCGAACGUAGAGUUCUGUAUCAUUGACCGAUGGCGCUUAACGUGUUAAUGUUGAAAAGAUCAGAAAGUUUUUGGAAAAACACUUCCAGUAGUAUCCAUUUCAUCUGAAUAAUAUAAAACUAACGGAAAUAAAGGUAUAAAAAAAAUCUAAUCCAUUCAAAAGUACAACAAAGGUAAAAAAUCCAUUUCAAUGAUGUAAAAAAAUAUAAAAUUCCUUCUUGAUAUGUUUCUCCCGGUGCUACGUUUUUGUUUGAGUGGAUUUCUUCAAUCUUUGUGUAUUUUCAUUCACCUCCCAUCACUUUCAGUCUGAAAUCAUUGCGUGCAAACUUUUAAUAAGUGUGUUGAAAGGAAGAGAAUAAAGCACAAAGCGUAUUCAAAUGUC